CUUUAAAGUGCGAUGUCAAAAUUGAUGCUGAGUUGGAAAAAAGGUUCGUGCUGCCGGGUAAGAAAUUAAAGCGAGGUCGAUACAUUUGCGCAUCAUUCGGAGAAAAAAGUCCAGAAAGCCAAGAAGCGGCGACCUGAGGGUAAACAUGUCAGCUAACGCGAAGUUUGAAGGGCAAAUGACUCCAAUUCAGCUCCUGCAGCUUUCGCCAAUUGAAGUUUUUCGGAAAGAUUCGCUCACAUUCAAGAGAAGCGGUUUAGACAACCAGUGUGCAUCAUGUCUGAAAAAUCAAGGUUAUCUGCAAUAGUUCGUUACUUUAGAACGCUGAAGAAAAUGGCCAUCCCUGAAAGGAAUACAACACAAACUGUGAUUCUCAACCGCGAAAUUGUGGAUAAAGUACUUCGACCGAUCCACGUUUUAACAGCCUUUAUCGGACACAGAAGCAAACAUCAUCCGAUCCUCGGCACUUUUGGGCUUGUACUUUGGGUGGUGAAUUUAGUAUGCCAUUUUUCGCUUGACUUCUACGAAGCUGCUCAUAUUUUUGGUUGGGCAUGGGCUACAGCAAUAGGGCUGUUCUUCGUUUCGUUCUGUUCGGGAACAUACUUUCUAGUCCGAGAUACACUUCCAUGGCUGGAAGAUGGCCUGGAGAUUUUAAACGUGGAUGGUAAUUUUUCCGAGACGUUGGAAAAAGCGCGUGGCAUCGCGGCAAAACUGCCGUGGUUAUUGCCCACAGCCAGCAUAUUGGCGGCAUGUGGUCAAUACGUGUGUUAUUUCAUUGAUAACGCCGUACAGCUUGAGCUUGGAAAGCCCUGGUUAUCAGUCCUCCUCAACAUCGUAAGAGUGCUAAGUUUACUUCACGUGCUCUAUGGUUACAUACUAUUCCUUGUUAUCAUCCUCUUUACUAUGUAUGUCACUGGAGCCUCCAUGAAAGAAUUCCGAGAUGGUGUGGAGGGAGAGUUUCGUGAGCCGAAUGUCAGACUGACCUUCCGUGAAGCAGUUCAGUUGUUUGAACAUCGAUCGCAGUUCAUCAGGAGAUCAUCAAAUGCAUGUUUGUUCAUGUUAUGUAAUCUCGUCCUGACUACCGUUCUGUCAUUUGUUAUCAACGGCUACAACUUUCUUUUCUUCAAUCGCCGGGCCAUCUAUUUGUGGUUUGCACUGGUACCCUCGAUUUGGAGCAUAGCACCGCUGAUCUUAGCAGCGUGGGCUACAGAGAACUACCAGGCCUACGUGGCGUCUGUCGUGAGAUCCUGGGGCGAGCACCCCGAAUCGGACGAAAGCGGGUCUGAGGAGGAAGAUAUGGAAGAAUACCAAGAGGCUAUGAAGAAACUGAGAGUAAACCGCUCACGUAGUGUUCUGAUAGCCAGCACAAAUCUACUGAAAACGCUUAAACGCAAGAGACUUAUUCUGCGUCAGGACAGACGCAUGUCACUUGCAGCCCAAAGGUGGGAAUCUCAAGUAAGCGAAUCCAGACCCUCUCUGACAAUCGAUGACUUGUCGCAAAACGUUAAAAAUCGAAAUCUCUUAGGAGUUAAAAACCCAUUGCGAUUAAUCGAUAUGGAGACGGGAGGCGAGGAAGACACCUUUUCGGAGUCAUGCCUGCCUGCGACUUGCAUCGUGAAUCCGGGUUUCACGACGAACUCAAUGAACGGUGGAAAUGUUCAAAGCAAAUCAAGAAAGAAAAACAAAUUUAAUUUCAAGUCGUAUGUUAUGUACUUACAAGGGCUUAUCAAGGAGGUGGGUUUUUCUGUCGGAGGAAUGAUUCUCUCUUGGGAAAAGGUGUCCAGUAUUGGUAUUUUGUGGGUGUCAGUGUUAGCGAUCUUUAUCCAAGAAAUCGUGUUUGGAAACAGAAAGAGCACGCUGCUAACAUGACGAAGAUAACAAACCACAAGCCGCUGUCCAUACACGUGGUAUGACUGCAAAUAUUUAAUGACGUGUGGAAGAGGUGUAGCCAUGGUGAAAGUCGCCAUAGAAAAGUAUAAACCUAAUGAACCUUUGGGCGAAAAAGUACGCUUGUCUAUGCUCAAAAAUGAAGCGAGAAAUGGCUAAAAGCAAAAACGUAUACUACAGAAACAAACAAUUACUCAAAUCGCUUCAUGGAGUAAAUUAAUGCCUGGGUAUAACAACAUGCUGAAGAUUCUUCGCUUGUGUCUCAACCAGCGAACAAAGCAAUGUAAUACCUAGCCAGGUGGUCGUUUUCGCUAACUCACUUCUAGAUCGAAAUAGAAUAAACAUUUAGCAUGCGAAAUUUCAGAGAGGAUUUUAGCCGCGAAUUCUAGUGCUUAUCGCGUACUACAAUACUCAUCGAAAAUGGCAAGUAACUAACACUGGUGGAUAGAUGAUGGUCUAGUAUUAAACUAACCUAACAGACAUCGAAAAGUAAUAACUUUUGAAAUAAGUUGAAAAAGUGAAAACAGAAAAAACACUAAAAAAAAAACAAAUAAAACAAAAACAAAAAACAAAAAAAACAAGUGUGCAUGCAAAUCAUAAUUCGUUGCUUAGAAUAUUCAUGGUUAGUUAGUCAAUGUUCGUGUGCAAAGUGUGAAAAGCAUACAUCGAUCACUCAAAACAACAGAUUUCAUCUCCGGCUGGCACGACAUGUAAGUGGCAUGUAUUCCAUGAAAAUCUGAGAAGAUUUCAGUUGGCUGAGGAGUCGAAUAAUUCGUGUAACUUUUGCACUGUUUUGAUAUUUAGUACAACAGAAGCACAAUAGUUCCACGCCUUUUAUCCAACCCGCACGAAAAAUGGACUAAAGCAUGUAAUAAAAUUUUAGCACCAUU